CUCCUCCUUCGCUCAUAUCGCAUUACUUUUGCUCCGCAUCUUCACGCAUAUCUUAAACCUUUGGUACUUUGACCAAAUAUAAGUAUUCCAAUGCUGCGCUCACUCGCCAAAACCGCCUUGACGGCCCGGGCUCGCCUGACCAGCUCUGUGUCUGGCCCUGUUGCCAGAACGUGCCACUCCACUGUUCUUCGCGCCACUGUCAUCCCUAUCGGUCGCAAGUCCGUCAAUAUGAUGUACAACUCGAUCCGUACCUUCACCACCGAGACCAGCAGCGACCAGGACGAACAGCAGGAAAAAAUCAUUGGAGAGACCAAGAAGAAGACCUUUCAAGCAGAAACUCGCAAGCUGCUUGACAUUGUCACACACUCGCUCUACUCUGAAAAGGAGGUGUUUGUUAGGGAGUUGGUAUCCAAUGCCUCGGACGCUUUGGAGAAGCUCCGUCAUUCUCAACUGACAGACUCGAGCCUCGAUGCCGGAAAGCCUCUCGAAAUCCACAUUUCAGUCGACGAGACCAAGAACACAUUCACAAUCCAGGAUUAUGGUAUCGGUAUGACAGAAGAAGAGGCCAUUUCCAACCUGGGAACCAUUGCCAGAUCUGGAUCCAAGGCCUUUCUGGAGAACUUGGAGGACAAGGGUGUUGCUGGAUCGACCAAGGAUAAGAUCAUUGGACAAUUCGGCGUUGGAUUCUACUCAGCUUUCAUGGUAGGAUCCGAGAUCAAGGUGUACACUCGCUCGGCUAAGCCUGGAUCAAAGGGAUACUGCUGGACCUCUGACGGCUCUGGAUCGUAUGAGAUCGCGGAGGCCGAGAAUGUUGCCGUCGGUACAAAGAUCGUCAUUACCCUUAGAGAUGAGUGCAAGGAGUAUGCAAAGGAAGCCCUUAUCGAGUCUAUCAUCAAAAAGUACUCCAACUUUGUUGACUAUCCCGUCCACCUCAACAACAAAAAAAUCAAUGCCGUGCAGCCUCUCUGGACCAAGGAUAAGAGCGAAAUUUCGGAUCAGGAACACACUGAGUUUUAUCGCUAUAUUGCCGGCGCUUGGGACAACCCUCAAUUCAAACUGGUUUACAAGACGGACUCGCCUCUCGCCAUCAGCAGUUUGCUGUACAUCCCUCAGCGGCACAUGGAGGUCUUGGGCAUGCAGAGAGAGGAGCCCGGAGUCAGUUUGUAUUCUCGCAAGGUCAUGAUCCAGGCCAAGUCCAAAGCGCUUUUACCAGAGUGGCUCCGAUUUGUAAAGGGAGUGGUUGACUGUGAAGAUUUGCCCCUGAAUGUCUCGCGUGAGCUGCUGCAGGACCAGUCUCUUUCAAAGUUGCGCCAAGUCUUGACCGGCCGUGUGAUCAAAUGGCUGGAGAAUGAGUCCAAGUCAGAUCCUACGACCUACAAUAAUUUCUUUGAAGAAUUUGGUAACUUUAUUAAGGAGGGCGUCUGUACCGAGAGCGAGAGCAACCGGGCGAAUGUGGCCAAGCUGCUGCGGUACGAGAGCAGUGUCGGCAAGCCAGGCGAAGUCUUCAGCCUAAAGGAAUACAUCGAUCGUAUGAAGGAAGGACAGGAAAAUAUUUACUACUCUUGCGUGCCCAAGCGCAAGUUUGCGGAGGAGAGCCCCUACUUCGAGGAGUUCAAGGAAAAAGGUGUCGAGGUUUUGUUCUUGUACGACACUGUAGACGAGUUCGUUGUCAAUAAUCUGCGCCAGGUUGGACAACACAAGUUGGUGUCGAUCGAUGCUGCCGAUAUCAAGGAUACGGUCUUCGACAAUGACUCCAAGAGUGACUCCAAUGACAGUAACGCUUCAAAGGAGGAGGCCUUGAGCAAGGAGGAGGCUAAGCUUGAGGCAGAGAACAUUGCAGACUGGUUCCGCCAGACACUCGGAAUGCAGGUUCGUAAGGUCGAUGUGUCGAAGCGCCAUAUGAGCCAUCCAGCCGUCGUCACAGAGCACGACUCGCCAGCUGUCCGCAAGAUGAUGGCCAUGAUGUCAGGGGCUGCGAAGGUUGGCGAGGAUAACCUACCACCGACUCCAACCAGCCUGGAGAUCAAUGUCAACCACCCCAUCAUCAAGAAGGUCUGGUCGAUCAAGUCCCAGAACCCCGAGUUCGCUAAGCAAAUUGCUGAGCAGAUCUACGAUAACGCGUUGAUCGCCGCCGGAGUACUGGAUGAUCCUCGCUCGAUGCUUAAGCGUCUGAACACCAUCAUGGAGGCUUCUCUUUCUGCCUCUGAUGCGUCAAAGUCUAAGAGCACUGUCAUGCAACCAAAGAUGAUUGAAGUCGUCGAGGGCGAGAAAGUAUAAUGUUAUCUCUUGCUCCAUCUAAGUUCUAAGACUCAAUUUUUUGUAACAAGAGAUAAUGAAUGACACAGCUCUUUUUCAUCUCCCACUGUGUCCAC